AUGCAGAGCUUCUCCCAGGCUGCUGGCUAGAUUCUGGCUUCUCUGGGGUCUCUUACUGUAUUCUCUGGAGUUGCUGCUUUUUUCCCAGUCUUUUCUUACAAGCUUUGGUUCACUGGAUGGAGUGUCUGGAUUGCUUGUCCCAUUUGGAAUGGAGCUUUGGCCAUCACUACUGGUGUACUUCUGUCGGCUCACAACUAGUGGACCCAGAGAUACCUCGGGGAAGCUAGCUUCACCUUCUUGGUUCUGAGCAUUACGGGAUGCCUACUUCAGUUUGCUGGCCUGGGAUCUGCCCUCCUCAACUCAUACUGCUUCCACUCAUUCUUAGGAACUGCGGGCACCAAUUACCUUGGUUAUGCAGUCGCCUUUCCGUUUCCAUAUGCAAAAUUCCCACCAGUUUGUGUGGACCCACUGCACUGUGAAGUCCACCUGGCACUGCAGGCCUUUGGCCUGUGCCUGAGUUUUGCUGUGUUCUGUGUGUGCCUGACAACACUCAGCAAGCUUUCUGUGCGGCUCAUCUGGAAUGCACACAUAAAUGGGGCAAACGAGCACAAUGCAGAAUUAAGUCAAGAAACUCCAAGGCAAAACAACCAUAGCCGAGAUCGUCUGCAUUCCUGGUUCAACUGUAAUAAUGUGAUGGGAAAGGAAAGCGUCAGGAUGGCAGACACGCUGCAGCCCUCUCCUGCAGCCGCCCCCUGCAGCCACCUCCUGCAGCCAUGCUGCCCCUCCUCCACAGAAUGGGAUGGCUUCAUCUGCUUCCGUUGCAUUAUUUGUUGUUAUGAUUGGUGCAACAACUUUCAGAGGUAUCUCCAGAAGUGCACGUUUGAAGACCUGCCUGACUGUGAAUUUGGGCCAAAUGAGUCUCCUGGCAGGGUAAUCCCUGCACAUGGGGAGCCUCUUGUGGAUUUAUAA